UGAACACCUAUCCGCCCCUCCCCAGCAGCGAGCCCCAGUUGUGGCCGGUGGGCAUGGUUUUGGAGGGCAGCUCAGAGGCGCUGUGUCCCCCCCCAUCUCUGGAGCUGCGCCCAUCCUGCAACAAGAGCCAGUCCUCGCCUCCUCUGAGCACAAGCUCACAACCCCACGACGGAGUCUUCCCUGAGGACAAGGAGCCCGUCAAGUACGGCGAGCUCAUCGUCUUAGGGCAUAAUGGUUCACUGGCCAAUGGAGACAAGGGUCGUAGAAGAAGUCGUCUGGCCCUUUACAAGAGACCCAAAGCCAAUGGGGUCAAACCUGAUGUUAUCCACAAUGUCUCAACACCUCUGGUGUCAAAGGCACUCAGCAACAAAAGCCAGCACAGCAUCUCCUACACACUGUCACGGAGCCACUCUGUCAUUGUGGAGUACACCCAUGACACCAACACAGACAUGUUUCAGAUUGGCCGGUCCACAGAGAGCAUGAUCGACUUCGUGGUGACGGACACAGCAGGCAGUGGCAGCAGUCAGGGUGGUGGUGCGGGAGGGGAGGGAGGUGGUGGAGGACAGUCAGCUCAGAGCACCAUCUCCCGCUACGCAUGUCGCAUCAUGUGUGAACGCAGCGCUCCAUACACGGCCCGCAUCUAUGCCGCUGGCUUUGACUCGUCCAAGAACAUCUUCCUGGGGGAGCGGGCUGCCAAAUGGAGGACGUCGGAUGGCUUGAUGGAUGGCCUAACCACCAAUGGGGUGCUGGUGAUGCACCCAGCAGGGGAGUUUGUAUCUGAGCCGGCUCCAGGCGUAUGGAGGGAAAUCUCAGUGUGUGGCAACGUCUUUGCCCUUAGAGAGACACGCUCUGCCCAGCAGAGAGGAAAACUGGUUGAAAAUGAGUCCAAUACCUUACAGGACGGUUCUCUGAUUGAUCUGUGUGGGGCUACCCUGCUAUGGAGGACCCCCGCCGGACUGCGCCACACCCCAACUCUCAAACAACUGGAGUCCCUUCGCCAGGAGCUAAAUGCUGCCCGACCACAAUGUCCCGUGGGUUUCAACACCCUGGCCUUUCCCAGCCUGGCCCAGCGUGAGAUUGUUGACAAGAAGCAGCCCUGGGUCUAUGUUAAUUGUGGCCAUGUGCAUGGCUACCACAACUGGGGCUACCGCAAGGAGAAGGGUCCAGCCGGCCCUGGUGGCACUGCACCGGCCAGCACUGGGGAGAGGGAGUGCCCCAUGUGCCGGCGAGUGGGCCCCUAUGUGCCGCUGUGGCUGGGCUGUGAGGGAGGAUUGUACCUGGACGCCGGGCCGCCCACUCAUGCUUUCUGCCCCUGUGGCCAUGUAUGCUCAGAAAAGACAGUGGUGGGGUGGAGCCAGAUCCCAUUACCCCAUGGCACCCAUGCCUUCCACGCUGCCUGCCCCUUCUGUGGUACCUGGUUGACAGGGGAGCAGGGCCACAUCAAACUCAUCUUCCAAGGCCCUGUUGACUGAAGCCCUGACCUGGGAACCACUCAGAGGACAGUGAUGUUGGAUUGGACAGAGGUGAGACAGAGUUAAGACUGUGUGCUAGAACAAAAAUCUGAACAUUUCAAGUAUGAGGUAAAAGAGAAAGCACUGAUGACAAGUACAGUGAAAGGACUGUUGAUAUGAUGAACUGAAAGCGACAUGCAAUAGUAGAUGCCAAGGCUUCACAUGGACUAAGAGGUGUAUGGAGGAGAUGUAAAUAAACUGUGU